AUGGGAGAACAGAGCGGCGUUUUGCUGCACAGGCUCCGGGGACGCGUCGUGUGCAGCGUGGGAGCCGAGUCUGGACCGGACACAAUGAUGAUGGCGUCUCCAGAGAAGCUGAAGAAGAAGCCUCCGAAGGACAGUCUGACGCUGCUGCCGUGUUUCUACUUUGUGGAGCUGCCCAUCGUGGCGUCCUCCAUGGUGUCCCUGUACUUCCUGGAGCUCACAGACCUGGUGCAGCCCGCUCAGGUGGGCUUCCGCUGCCAUGACCGAGACCUCAGUAUGCCCUACGUGGACGGGGGAGACGAGCUGAUCCCUCUGCUCAUGCUGCUGAGCCUGGCCUUCGCUGGACCGGCCGCAUCGAUCAUGCUGGUGGAGGGUCUGAUCUACUGCCUCCAGUUGCGGCUGAAGCUGCGUCGGCCUGAGGGCAGCAUCAACGCUGGAGGAUGUAACUUCAACUCUUUCCUGCGACGCACCGUUCGCUUCGUCGGCGUGCACGUGUUCGGCCUUUGCGCCACGGCUCUGGUCACUGACAUCAUCCAGCUGGCCACAGGAUACCACGCCCCCUUCUUCCUGACCGUCUGCAAACCCAACUACACCCAGACCGGAGUGUCCUGUGACCUGAACCCCUACAUCACCAAAGACAUCUGCUCCGGCCAUGACCAGCACGCCAUCAUGGCCGCCAGGAAGACGUUCCCCUCACAACACGCCACGCUGUCGGCGUUCGCAGCGGUGUACGUGUCGAUGUAUUUUAACUCCACCAUCUCGGACAGUACGAAGCUGCUGAAGCCAGUCCUGGUGUUCGCCUUCGCCAUCGCGGCCGCUCUGACCGGUUUGACCCAGAUCACGCAGCACCGCUCUCAUCCCAUUGAUGUCUACGCAGGCUUCCUCAUUGGGGCUUUCAUCGCCGCCUACCUGGCGCUUCACGCGGUGGCUAACUUCCAGUCUUCAGAGGAUGUGAUCGCUCCUCCCCCUCCGCCACCCCCCAAAGAGGACCCUCUGCGUGCGCUAACCGAGCGCGGCCACGACUCCGUCUACAACAAGGGCCCUGCCUCGGCCUCCGAGAGCAACGACGAGAUCGCUACAAACCCGGCCCCCCUGGCACGCCUGGAGGGCCUGAGCCAGCUGCAGCGCGACAAAGGCUCCGUGGAGAACCUGAAGAGGGCCAGUGUGGACGUGGAGCUGCUGGCCCCUCGCAGCCCCAUGGGGAAGGAGACCAUGUUGACCUUCAGCAACACACUGCCGCGCGCUAGCAUGAACGCUAACGGUGUCCUGGGAGGCGGCGAUGCGGUGGAGGAGUGCGUGGUGCAGCCCGUGCAGCCGGUGCAGCGCAGGCUCAAGGCCGUGCAGGUGCCGCUGGACCCAAUGCGCUCGCAGCAGCUGGUCUCCGAGUGGAAGCAGAAGUCGAUGGAGAUGCGCGGCUUCAGGGACGAGGCUGAGCGCGAGGCCAGCGAGGAAGGCUCCGAGGUGGGCUCUGUGGAGACGGACGACGGGGGGUCCCACAUGUACCAGCCACGUUCUGCCUCCUCCAGCCGCACCUCCACUCCUCCACCAGGGGGAGCUAAAGCUGUCCCCACACCCAGACCUCCGCACAUCCCUGACGCUGGGCCCCCUCCCGUCUCCCCCAAGAGCGCACUCACCCGAGCCAAGUGGAUGGCCCUCCGAGAGAAAGCUGCGGGUGAUUCUUCCAGAGGGUCCGCCAACCAGCCGCGCCUCAUGCAGGUUAUCGCCAUGUCCAAGCAGCAGGGGCUCUUACCCUCGUCGCCCUCGGACACGGGCCGGUCCCCUGAGACCACCUCCACCUGCUCCGGAUCCUCCACACACGACUCUCCUCACUACAAAUCGGUGGAGAAGAACCGCGAGGCUCCUGGGAUCGUGACGGUGGAUGCACAUGCGCCGCAUCACCCUGUGGUUCAGGCGAACGCACAAGCCGCGGCAGCCCAGAUCCCACAGGCCCCGCCCCUCGCACACCCCUGGCAGUGGUCCUCAGACACCCGCGACACCUACGACCUGAACGACUCCAAACGACGCGACGUGACAUCACAGGGCAGCAGCUUCCGGCCGCAGCAGCGCGCAGAAUCCCCUCAACAGCGCGCCGCCUCUCCACAGCAGCGCUCCUCCUCCCCCACUCUGGCCGAGGCCGAGGCGCAGCGACGCGAGAUGGCGAUGCGCCGCAAGACCGCGCUGGUGCUGCUGGACCGGGACGUGCGCAAUGACGGGGAACACUACUACAAGAGCCUGCAGGCGCGGAGGUACCGGGAGUAG